AUGUCUUCGAAAGCCGUCAACCGCCCGGUUGACCUAAAGCAAAAGGAAAAGGAUGUCAACAACAAGCUCCAGCUGUUUGGUAUCUUCCAAGCCUUUGCGAACGGAAAGGUGCCGUCCAACAAGCAAAUCGACGUGGCCCUCAACUCAGCCCUUGCGUCCCACCCGCUCAGCUCGCCCUCAAAGAAGCUGUCAAGUGAGGGCCAGAAGCUCGUGUCUGACCUAAAAUCCGUCAUUGAGCAGGCCAAGAUCCUGCUCCUCACCAAGAACGAGGGCAAUCUGCUACAAGACUUCAUCUGGCAGGCCGAGCAGAUCACCGGUGCCAACACCAGCUUACCCAACGCGCCUGUCGACAAGGACACCGCCAAGCAACACGGCAACGAGGCCCUGGAUGGCCUGCGCACUCUCGGCACCCUUGUCAUCUCCAACGGCCAAUUCAGGAAGCUACUUUCUGAUGCCUCUGUCCUGCUCCGAGACAUUGCUGGCGAUGCCGCUCAGAACACCGCCAACAAGGUAAAGCCCUCAGAAGAUCGUCUCAACCGCCUCGACGAGCCGGCAGACGACAACACCUGGCACGAGACCCCGGAUCUAUCUAGGGACAAGCUCCGCAACCAGGCCAAGCAAAGCCUGCCAUUCGGCAAGAAGGAUGCCAAGGAGGCCGUUGGCGACGUCAACCAAGCUGCCAACCCUGAGGGAUCCCGUGAUCCCCGUGAUACAGCUCAACGCGGUGCUCACGAGGGCCAGACUGGCGAGUCUACCGGUCUCGAUGCCCGCGCCGCUGCCAACGUGGCCAAGCAAAAGGUUGACGAGAAUGUGUCCGAGGAGGACAAGGACGCAGCUCGUGCCCGCCGUGAUCAGCUGAACAACUACCUCAAGGGCAAGAUGCCCGAAGAGCGUCGCGACCAGACCAUUUGGCGCCUUAAGAAGAUGGUCGUCGAAAUCCAGGGUCAUCAAGACUAUCAGCGUGCCAUCGAGACGCUACUCCGACUCGCAGAGCAGUAUGCCGGCCACGGCAAGAACCUGGGCCAGCAGACCACAGGAACCGUCCAAGGUGCGCAUCAAGACGAUGCUCUUCAAGUCGCAGAAGCUGACCUCAAGACACUUCUCGAGCGAUUUGCCAACAACACCUCGGCUGAUGACCUCAUCGAAUCAAUCAAUCAGGUCUACAAGGAUGCCGACCGCGAUCCUGAGCUGAAGAACUGGUUCAAGCGCAUUGAUGCUUUCAUUCGCAAGACGCUGCAGCAGCAGGGCUUCAUCCUCGAGGAUCGUUGCAACGACGAGUGGAACCGCCUUUACGAUGAUGGCCACCACUUGUUGCGCGGCCGUUACCGUGGCCACACUGAUCGCAUCGCCGACGAGUUCAAGUUCAUUGGCGAGCAGUUCGAUGCGGACCCGCAGAACAAGCAGUUUGCAGAGUCGGUCAACAGGCUGUUCCUCGACCUCGGAAACGAUGAGAAUGGCAAGACCGUGUUCAAGCCUCAUCUUGUCAAGGACUUGACCGAUGUCAUCCUCCCCGGCAUCUUCGAGAAUGUUCGCUACAUCCCUAUUCCCCGCAUCGAGUACAGCGACCCUCAGAUCGACGCUGUCGUGGAGAAUCUUGUCAUCGAGGGCGACAACCUCGCCCCCAACUCCCUCGAGUUUGGUUCCGACAACUACUGGCGCUGGGGCCGCAAGACCAUUUCGAGCAAGAACAAGAACAAGGUCAUGCUAUCCGUCUCCGGUGUGCAGAUGGAUCUUCGCGAUGUCUCCUACUACAUCAAGCGGAAGCAGGGCUUCCCUUCCAUCACUGAUAAGGGUGUGAUGGAUAUCUUCAUGGGCGGCUCUGGCUUCAGCUUCAAGGUCGAGAUGGAGACUGCUGACGCGGCACGUGAGAACAACGCGCAGACUCACUUUUUCAAGGUUACCAAGGUUGAGUCCGAUAUCAAGAAUCUCCAGAUCAAGAUGAAGAAGAGCAACCACAAGCUUCUCUUCAACAUGUUCAAGCCCCUUCUCCUCAAGGUCAUGCGCCCUGUUAUCCAGAAGGUUUUGGAGAAGCAGAUCAAGGACUCCGCCAAUCAACUUGACGGCAUCCUCUACGACAUCAAGACUGAGGCUGACCGCGCCGAGGCUGAGGUCAAGCGCAACCCCGAUCCUCAGAACAUUCAGAACAUCUACCAGCGUUACGCCUCUGCUGCCCAGAGGCGUGUCAUGCAAGGCAAGCAGAAGAAGGAGGAGAUCAAGGAGAAGACCAAGGAUGUCCAGGUCAAUGUGGCUGUUACUCAGCACGACUCCAUCUUCAAGAACAUCUCCCUACCUGGUGGCAUUUCGUCCAAGGCUACUGAGUACAAGGAGCUCGCUGCCAAGGGUGACAAGUGGGAGAGUCCAAUCUUCUCCAUUGGAUCUGCCAAGGAGUCUUCCAGCUUACCAAAGAUUGGUAGCGUCACCCGCAAGCCUCAUGGUCGUGCUGGUGGGUACGGUGGUCCCAACGACCAGGGUGCUGGUCAGGGUCUCGGUGCCUCUUCAGGUCUCAACCCUUCUCAGUAUGAUGGUACUAGCGGCUACGGCACUUCCAACCAGACUGGUCAGGGCAUUUACCCCAACCAGGCAACUGGUGCUGGUCUGACUGGUGGGCUUCCUGGCUCCCAGCAGCACGGCCAUGGUCUUGCAGGAGGUCAGGGACUCACUGGUGGCCAGGGACUUACUGGUGGCCAAGGACUUACUGGUAGCCAAGGGCUCACUGGUGGCCAAGGCCUUACUGGUGGCCUUCCUGGUACCCACGAGCAUCAGCAGCAGCACGGUGGUCAAGGGUUCGGUACCCAAGUUGAUAACGCCUUCAACGCGGCCCCUGGCACCACUGGUGGCACCACUGGCCUCGGCAACACGGCUGGAACACAGGGCAGCAACACGUACAGCACUACCUUUGGUGACCAAAACCCUGUUUUCCAGGGUCGCACCUAG